AUGGCCCGCCGGCUCGCGGCCCUGCUGCUGCUCCUGGCGCUCGGCUGCCUCCUGGGCGUCCUCCUGCUCUGCCUGGGCUCCGGCGACGCGCGCGGCCCGCCCGCAUUCAAGUACGGCAUUGUGCUGGAUGCUGGUUCCUCCCAUACAGCYAUGUUCGUCUACAAGUGGCCUGCAGACAAGGAGAAUGACACUGGCGUGGUCAGUGAGCACAGCAUGUGCGAUGUAGAAGGUCCAGGCAUCUCCAGCUACAACACUAACCCCCUGGGUGCCGGGCAAAGCUUAGUCCACUGCCUGAACCAGGCCCUGAAAGAUGUGCCCGCCGAGAAGCACGUGAGCACCCCCCUCUACCUGGGUGCCACAGCUGGCAUGCGCCUGCUCAACAUCAUAAACCGCCAGGCCUCAGAUGCCGUCCUCAGCGCUGUGACAGACAAGUUGAAGUCAUACCCCUUYGAUUUCCGUGGGGCAAAGAUACUGUCUGGGGAAGAAGAAGGGGUGUUCGGCUGGGUCACAGCAAACUACCUCCUGGAGAACUUCAUCAAGCGUGGCUGGCUUGGGGAAUGGAUCCAGCCCAAGAAGACGACCUUGGGGGCCAUGGACCUCGGAGGUGCUUCCACACAGAUCACCUUUGAAACGAAGGAAACCAUUGAAAACCCCCAAAAUGAGGUUAUGCUGAAGCUGUAUGGCCAGGUGUACAAAGUGUACACCCACAGCUUCCUCUGCUACGGAAGAGACCAGGUCCUCAGGAGGCUGCUCUCGAAGAUCCUGCAGGCUGGGAACUACCAAGCAACCGUCUCCAAUCCCUGCUGGCCCACUGGCUACCAGAAAAACCUGUCACUGAGCAGCAUCUAUGACACCCCCUGCACGGAGAAGGAGAAGCCCAGCAUUCCCCUCAGCACUUCCAUCACCAUGGUGGGCACGAGCAACGGGAACCUCUGCGUUCUGUACGUCAACAAGCUCUUCAACUUCACUGCUUGCCCCUACUCCCGCUGCUCCUUUGAUGGCAUUUUCCAGCCUGACGUUUCAGGAAACUUCAUCGCCUUCUCUGCCUUCUUCUACACAGUGGACUUUAUCCAGACAGUGAUGGGAAGACUUGUGCACUUACCCAGUGACCUGAAGGAUGCUGCAGAGGCCAUCUGUGCYAGCACUUGGAGUGAGCUGCUCCAGAAAGCCCCCCAAAUGGAGAAGAGGCUGCCAGAUUACUGCGCUAUCAGCAUGUUUGUUUAUUUGCUUACCACCAAAGGCUACAACUUCAACAACCACUCCUUCCCAAACAUUGCCUUUCAGAAGAAGGCAGGAGAAACCUCCAUCGGCUGGGCUCUGGGCUACAUGCUGAACCUCACCAACAUGAUCCCRGCAGAGGAGCCAGCUUCCCACAAAAGCUUAUUGUACAACAACUGGGUCAUCCUCAUCCUGCUCUUCGUGUUCACCACCCUGACGGCCUUGGUGACCGCUGUCUGCCUGCUCCGGCGCAGCAAAUCCAGCGCUAUCUAGCCUCAGAGACAGGACAGGCGCUGCUUGCAGGACAGAGCACCAUCCCUCUUGCUGUGUCUCCACAGGUUGAAUAUUUGGGAUGCAAUCUGUGCAUGAAGAUAUCCUCCAAUGACACCUGAUAUCAUCUGUUACAGAAGGAAAGCUGUCCCUUUUUGUCCUCCCCUUGCUUUCAAGUUGCAGAAAGGAGAGGACAGGACAGGACUGCUGACUCUGCAGAGCUGUGGGAGGAGAACAUCUUAAGGUUUUCCCAGUACUACUCAGGGAUAGAUCCCAGAGCAGGCUUGAGACUUUGAAAAUCAGAUAUGGACAUCUCUCUGGCACCAGAUGUGGGCUGGACUGGGCUAACAGAAUCCACACAACAGCAGACACAUCUUAUUCUCAUGUGGGUGGGUAGGGAACACUACAUAUGUUACUGCUCAUAGCUGACAUCACUAACCCAUCCCUGGGCACCCAUCAAGUCCUGUGCGUGAGCAUCAAAUGGACUCUUUUCCUGGUUGAUACACAAAGCCCAGUGACAACGCUGAGGGCCACACWGUGGGCCUGGACUUCACGUGCCUCUGCACAGAGGCUUCAGGUCAUAAAUCGAGAGCCAGCAGCUUCCCAGCUUCCCUGUGCAGCAACCAGACAGUCUUCCUGAUUCCAGUGUUCCCUAAAUCGGUCUCCCGUUUGUCACAGCCAUUCUAUCACAGGGCAGAGCACAAAAAGUUGCUCCCUGCAGGAGAAAGGGUCUUCAGG